CUACCUUCAAUUCCUUGUUUCAUAGAGGAAAUUAAAGAAAGACAGAGAUGGCUGACAAGCACCAACAAGUUUAUCCUUUGGCUCCGUCAAACGGUUACACAAGAAGCGAUGGAGAGUCUUUGUCCGAGGACGAGCUCAAGCGCAAGAAGAGAAUCAAGUGCUUUGCUUAUAUUGGUAUUUUCAUUGUGUUCCAGAUGGCCGUCGGGGCUGUGUUUGGUCUCACUGUGCUCAAAGUGAAGACCCCCAAGGUGAGACUCGACACAACAAGCACCCUCUCAGGCGUCACCUCUUCCACUACAUCGUUCAGCUCAACCUUCAACACCCAAAUCAGGGUCAAGAACACCAACUGGGGUCCUUACAAGUUCGACGAAGGGGUCGUGACAUUCAAGUACCAAGGUACACCUGUUGGGACAUUCACUGUACCAAAGGGCAAGGCCGGGAUGCGUGGCACCAAGAAGAUCGAUGCGAGUGUGAGCUUGAACACCGCUGCAUUGAACAGCUCUGGCGAGUUGACGCUGACCAGCGAAGCGAAGUUAACCGGGAAGGUGACGUUGAUGUUCAUCAUGAAGAAGAAGAAGUCUGCGAGUAUGAACUGCACCAUUCAAAUUGAUGUGUCUGGACAGACAGUCAAGAGUGUAGUAUGCAAGUGAAACCAGUCUUAGAUUGUUUUCAUUGCCCUUGUUUUAUACUUUUUACGAUUUUUUUUCUUUUUGCUGUUCUUCGUUUAUGUGAUCGACCUGCGGGAGCAUACAUAUACUUACCAAAGCACAAUUUUUUGAAUUGUGUUUUUUUGUAUAUACAGAUUGGUAGUGCUAUUGUUUCAAAUU